AUGCGGCAAUUAACAGAAGAGGAGCUGAAAACAAUGCUGGGCAAACUGGCCGGCUAUACUGGUCGUUCACUGAAUAACCUCAUUACAGCAUCUGAGGAUGACGAUCGAUACGUAUUUCGACUUCACGGCUCCCGAGCCUACUAUCUGAAGUUAUCACUGGCAAAUAUGGCGACUUCGAUUCCUCGCUCAAACCUCCUUUCGCUUGGAACCUGCAUGGGAAAAUUCACCAAGACCGGAAAGUUCCGUGUACAACUCACGGCGCUGGACGUCAUUGCGCCGCACGCAAGAUACAAGGUGUGGAUUCGCGAGAAUGGACAGAUGCCUUUUCUGUACGGCUCGAACAUCGUUCGUACCCACGUUGCUCGUUGGAGUGAGGAUAUUCCUGAACAUCAAGGUGUGGUGGUAUACAACAUGGACGAUACUCCGUUAGGAUUCGGAAUCACGGCAAGGAGCACCCAAGAACUACGAAAAUUAGAUCCCUCUGCGAUUGCCGUUUUCCGCCAGACAGAUCUCGGAGAAUAUUUACGCGAGGAAGAUACUCUUUUCACAGCAUAG